AAGUCUGCCUCGCUGCCAUCGCGACUUCUGCACCGUAGUAGAUUCUACACAACUUCGACUCCAUCAAUCCAUGCUGUACCGAUUUUGCCUGAUGCCUCAUUGACGACCUUCCGAGACCAGGCAUUUGGUCCUGCCGUGCCAUUUCUUUUACCUCGAGACUCAUUUUCUUCGAUUCCUGCCAUACGAACAUGGUUUCAUGAGUCUUCGGAACGAGCUGGUCAUUACCAUCUCAAUACUGCCUAUCUGAGAAAAUGGGGUCCAACUGUUGUUCCUUUGGAGAUUACCAAUGAAGAUGGUAGAUUUGCCCAAAUACAUCAACCUCUUCAGUUCUUUCUUGAUGCUUGUGAGCUUGAAACUAAAGCUAGCAUCUAUCUAGCCCAGGCUUCUUUGUCUGAUCUACCGUCUUCCCUCCUAGAAGAUCUACCUACGCCAGAACUCGUGUCGAAAGCUGGCAAAGGCGAUGUCUACGACACAAGCAUUUGGCUGGGUCAAGCACCAACCUACACACCUUUGCACCGUGAUCCCAAUCCGAAUCUGUUUGUGCAAUUGGCCGGCAAGAAGCAAGUCCGUCUCUUUAAACCUGACCUGGGCAAUGUCAUCUUCCAUCACGUCCAGACGAGUAUCGGAGGAGCUGCGAAUGCUAGUAUGAGAGGCGCCGAGAUGAUGGAAGGCGCCGAGCGUACAGCUCUCGAGCAGGCUGUUUGGCGUCCUUCCUCAAGCGCUUUUUGGGCAUCGGAAAGAUUGCAGUGUGAAGUCGGUCCAGGUGAUGGUUUAUUCAUUCCCAAGGGGUGGUGGCAUAGUAUCAAAGGUGUUGGACAGGGUAUGAUUGGCUCUGUGAAUUGGUGGUUUCGA